AUGGCCCAGGCCAAGAAAAUUGAUGAGCUCGAGGCCAAACUUGCCGCAAUCGAGGCUGAGGUUGCUGAGGCCCGAGCCGAGGUCGAGAAGAUGAAGGCCACGGCUAACAAGACUUUUGUUGUGUAUCUAAAGGAUGCCGAGGCUGCUCAAAUAGAACUAAGGGAAGCCUCCAAUCGGGAGAAACGAAUAAGUGAUUUGGCCAAGUGCCAAUCCCGGAGGGAGACCCUCAAAGAAAUUCAUGCUCGAGGCUUCGACCUCACCGAGGAGAUAGCCCAAGCAAAAGCGCUCGAGGUCGAUGCCAAGUUCCUCGUCUCCUCCUCUGACGAUGAUGAUUAUGAAGGCAGCCAGAACGGGUCCGAUAAUGAAGCUGGGUUCAAAGAGAAAGCUGCUCCCGAGGGAGAGACCAGACCUGGGCAUAGAUAG